GCCACCGAGCUGCUGGCGCCCCGCGGGUCCGAGCGUGGACGUCUGGGCAAGCGGUGGGGCUCCAGGCCCAGCGUCUAGCCGCUCCCCGCGCGGCCGUGUCUGCGGAGGCCACUUGUCAGGGUGCUCGGACCUGCGGGAGCGGCGCGGGGAGCCGCUCUGGAGGAGCGUGCCGUGCGGCCGCCCAGCCAGGGACAUCCCCGCGACUUGUUGAGUAAGAUAAAAGCUCGGGAUAAAAUACUGAAAACAAUGCAAAGCCGAUAGAUUGGGAAGGGUAGUUGAAACUUGGAGCAGUGACCCACGCCCCACCAUGUCCGGGCCCCAGACCCCAGAACCAGCCCUCCGGAUACAGGGAGACGCCCCCACGGGCGCAAGGGACGAGGACGCUGCUGACGGGAUCCAGCACUCACACCGCAUGCUCAGCUUCAGUGAUGCUCUCCUGUCCAUCAUCGCCACUGUGAUGAUCCUGCCUGUGACCCACACGGAGAUCUCCCCAGAACAGGUACUUGGGGAACCACAGUCUGCAGUAUCCCGGUUUGACAAAAGUAUACAGAAGCUUCUGGCAACCAGGAUUGCUGUUUAUCUGAUGACGUUUCUCAUCGUGACUGUGGCCUGGGCGGCACACACAAGACUGUUCCAGGUUGUUGGGAAAAUAGACGACACGCUUGCUUUGCUCAACCUGGCCUGCAUGAUGACCAUCACCUUCCUACCGUUCACUUUUUCCUUAAUGGUGACCUUUCCUGAGGUGCCUCUGGGCAUCUUCUUGUUCUGUAUGUGUGUGAUCACCAUCGGGGCCGUGCAGGCGCUGAUCGUUGUGUAUGCGUUCCACUUCCCCCACCUCCUGAACCCCCAGAUAGAGAGCUCCGCUCACAGGGCCCUCUACAGGCAGCAUAUCCUGGGCAUCGUCCUUAGGGGCCCAGCGCUGUGCUUCGUGGCCGCCGGCUUCUCCUUGUUCUUCUACCCCUUGGCCCCCAGGAGCCCCCAGCUCACAGCAUGGAGUUCUUCACUUUUGACCUGCACGAACCUCUCAGCAAGGAGCGGGUGGAGGCCUUCAGUGACGGGGUCUACGCCAUCGUCGCCACACUCCUCAUUCUGGACAUCUGGACCAAUGCUGUGUGUUGGCCGCCCUCAGCGAGGACAACGUGCCGGACCCCAGGGACGUGAAGGAGAAGUUCCAUGGGAGCCUGGUGGCAGCACUGAGCGUGUACGGGCCGCACUUCCUGGCCUACUUCGGCUCCUUUGCCACGGUGGGCCUGCUCUGGUUUGCCCACCACUCGCUCUUCCUGCACAUCCGCAAGGCCACGCAGUCCAUGGGGCUGCUCAACACACUGUCACUGGCCUUCGUGGGCGGCCUCCCGCUGGCCUACCAGCAGACCUCAGCCUUCGCGCGACAGCCGCACGACGAGCUGGAGAGCGUGCGCAUCAGCUGCGCCAUCAUCUUCCUUGCCAGCAUCUUCCAGUUCGCCAUCUGGACCACGGCCCUGCUGCACGAGGGGGAGACGCUGCAGCCCUCGGCCCGCUUCGGGGGCCGGGAGCAUGCGUUCAUGUUUGCCAAGCUUGCGCUGUACCCCUGUGCCAGCCUGCUGGCCUUCGCGUCCACCUGCUUCCUCAGCCGGUUCAGCACGGCCAUCUUCCACCUCAUGCAGAUCGCCGUGCCCUUCGCCUUCCUGCUGCUGCGUCUCCUCGUCCGCCUGGGCCUGGCCCUUCUGUGUGCCAUGCGGGGCCUCACGCAGCCAGCAACCCAGGCCGAGGAGGACGCACACGCCCCGCUCCUCCCUGCUGCCUGCUAGCUCCUGGGGCCUGGCUGCCCCCACCUGCACUCAGCCUGCUUUUGGUUUAUAUCUUCAACCUUCUUCUCUAGAG